AUGAGGAGGAGGAUCCCAUUGGACGAUGCACUAUGGGCAUAUAGGACGGCGUACAAGACACCCAUUGAAAUGUCCCCUUACCGGUUGGUAUUUGGGAAACCAUGUCACCUCCCGGUCGAGUUCGAGCAUAGAGUGUUUUGGGCGGUCAAGCAAUGCAAUAUGAAUAUCAAGGAGGGCAGAAUUCAAAGAAAGUUGCAAUUACAAGAAUUGGAGGAGAUUCGAAAUGAAACAUACGAGAACGCGGUGAUUGAUAAGGAGAAUAAUAAGAUAUUUCAUGACCAACAGAUUUCUAGGAAGACAUUUGUGUGCGGGCAAAAAGUUCUACUGUACCACUCAAAAUUGAAGAUAUUUCGAGAUAAAUUACGUUCUUAUUGGAUUGGUCCUUUUGUUAUGACUAAUGUCUUUCAUUAUGGUGCAAUAGAGAUCCAGAGUAUGAAAAUGGAGAAGAAAUUUGUAGUGAAUGGCCACCGUUUCAAACCGUAUCAUGAAGAGUUUCCGGUUGAACGGGUGAAGAUGGUGAAACUGGAAGACCGAAUUCGCUUAGUUUAA